GCUCCCAUUAUUAUUGGUCCCCCUUUCAUCUUCUUCAAAUCCUCAUUCAAUUCAAUCUAAAUAAUCUUUUUCUCCUUUAAGGCCAAUCUGUAAACAAUUCUUUAAUGAUCAUUGCCUUUUUCUUUUUCCUGUUCAAUUGCACAAUUCUUUUAUCAUGAUAUAUAAAUGAAAAAACGAUAACCAACCAAGAUGACAAAGCAUAAACAGUUGUGAUAAUUUGACAUCCUGCUAAGAGGGUUGAUUUAAGAUAUUCAUAGGUAGGGGAAAGAAGGAGAUGAGAUUGUUGUCUUGUUUCAGGAAGAGGAGGACUGAAACAAUGAAGAGAACCGAGACAAUGAAGAGGACCGACCCAACGAGGAGGACUCCUCUAAAAAGUUCAAGAAGUUCUGUCCAAGAAAUGAAGACAACCAAGAACUAUGAUGAUCCGGAGGCGUUAUCAACAGUUCCUAGAAGCGUAUCGAUGAAUGCUGGUGGUAGCAAACAAAGGGUAGCUGCAGAAGACAUAAUUAGAAGUGGUGGAAGAGCUUCUGCUGAGGUAUUCACCUUUCGGGAAUUGGCACUUGCCACUGAAAAUUUCAAUCCUGAAUUGCGAGUGGGUGAAGGAGGAUUCGGGAGGGUCUACAAGGGGUACUUCAAUAAAACAAAUCAGAUGGUGGCUGUGAAGCAGCUUGAUAGAAACGGGGUUCAAGGAAACAGGGAAUUCUUGGCAGAGGUCUUGAUGUUGAGCAUGGUUCACCAUCCAAACCUUGUCAAUCUGAUAGGAUACUGCGCUGACGGCCGCCAACGAAUAUUGGUCUACGAGUACUUGCAAAAUGGAUCUUUAGAAGAUCACCUUCUUGAUUUGCCUCCAAACAAGAAGCCCCUGGAUUGGUACACUAGGAUGGCGAUAGCCAGAGGUGCAGCUCAGGGACUCGAGUAUUUGCAUGAUACAGCAAAUCCACCAAUUAUUUUUCGGGAUUUUAAGGCGUCUAACAUAUUGUUGGAUGACAGAUUUAAUCCUAAGCUCUCCGAUUUUGGACUCGCUAAGUUGGGCCCGAUUGGUGAACAAGAUCAUGUGUCGACGAGGGUGAUGGGGACUUACGGCUACUGCGCACCAGAGUAUGCCCAGACAGGCAAGUUGACAACCAAGUCUGAUGUCUACAGUUUCGGUGUGGUGCUUCUAGAGAUUAUUUCAGGAAGAAGAGCUAUUGAUAACACAAAACCACUGGAAGAGGAGAAUCUAGUUGCUUGGGCAAAGCCACUUUUCAAGGAUAGAAGCAAGUUUACAUUAAUGGCCGACCCGUUGCUUAAAGGAAAGUAUCCAGUGAAGGGUCUGUAUCAAGCUCUUGCUGUUGCAGCUAUGUGCCUCCAAGAGGAAGCCAGCACUCGGCCCCUAAUUGGAGAUGUUGUCACUGCACUUGAAUAUUUAGCAAUCGAGACAGAUGAAAUUACCAGCGAAACAGAAAUAUAAGAUAAAUAGAAUAGGGUAAACCAAUUUCCAUGGAGAACCUAUGUGAAUUGAAUCUACAAUUUGAGGUUAAAUGCAAUGCUUCUCAUGCCCAAUGAAGGACAAAGACCAUCGUUGUUGCAUUAUUUCUUGACCAGGUUUUUUGCGAAGGAACAAAAGCAGAGUACUCUUGUGGUAGUGGUGCAUUUUGUGUUUGAUAGGAGGUUGUAUUAUGUAAAAUGUGUGCUUUUUAUUUCAACUAUAGAUCAUAAUUCAAAACUGAGAAGUCAUAAUUUUCAAUAGUAGUGGUGGAAAUUGACAUACGGAGUGCUGCUUCUCUAUAUAAUUCCAUCAUUUGAGAUAGGUUUUUACAUCAAAUUCUAUAAACAAAUCCUGCAAGUUUUAGCCUGACUAGCUCUCAUGUUUGACCCAGAAAAGAGAAU